CGGGCUGUUUAUAGUCAGUGGCGGCUCCGCGGCGACAGAGCGAGUGACCGGACUGUGAGCAACGGACGCACAUACACACACACACCCCCAACCCACCCACUAUGGCUGAUCAACUAACAGAAGAGCAGAUUGCUGAAUUCAAAGAGGCCUUCUCUCUGUUUGACAAAGAUGGGGAUGGUACCAUAACUACAAAGGAGCUUGGGACAGUCAUGAGGUCACUAGGACAGAACCCAACUGAGGCAGAACUACAGGAUAUGAUCAAUGAGGUUGAUGCUGAUGGAAAUGGAACAAUUGACUUUCCAGAAUUCUUGACAAUGAUGGCAAGGAAAAUGAAGGACACAGAUAGUGAGGAAGAAAUUAGAGAAGCAUUCCGAGUGUUUGAUAAGGAUGGUAAUGGUUACAUCAGUGCUGCAGAACUCCGUCAUGUAAUGACAAACCUCGGAGAAAAGCUGACAGAUGAAGAAGUCGAUGAAAUGAUCAGAGAAGCAGAUAUUGAUGGUGAUGGUCAAGUGAACUAUGAAGAGUUCGUACAAAUGAUGACUGCAAAGUGAAGACCUUGUACAGAGCGUUUUAAUUUUCUUGUAUAAAACAAACAUUGUUUAUUUGCCUUUCCUUUGUUUGUAAUUUAUCUGUAAAAUGUUUCUCUCCCUGCCCCACCUGUCUAAAACAUUAUGCAUGUAUAGUGGGUAGAGUUACAGUCCUUUCAUGUUACUUUUCUUCAAUAUCUUAUUGUCAUUGUUUUCUUUUGCAUUUGAGACGAGACUUUUGGUAACAAAGUUGCAUGUGGCUUUAUCUUGAAGUGCAUCCAAGCUCUUCUACACAUUCAAAGCUACAUAAGGACUUGUGGUUUGACAAGGGAUCAUCUGGGUAAUGCCUGCUGUGAGGAAGCUGGCUGUCGAGUAUCAGCAUGUCUCAUGUUGCUGUUUAAAUGCAGAGUUAAUAACUCUGUGGAAUAAGGACAGAAAGCUUAAAAAUUUCUCAGCAUUGCACUAUAGCAAAACGGGUGUAUCAUCCAGGUACUCGUACACUAAUUUUUUUUGUAUUUGCAGUUCCAUUCAAGGAAGCAUUCUUGUUUUCUUACCAUGCUCUUUCUGCGUUUUCUUUAGCCACUUGGUUCUUUCUGAAAUCUGCUUUGGCACAGAUGUGCCUAAAAUCCAUUCCAAGUUGUAUAUUUUUUUCCAAUAAAACUACAAUUUACCCAAAA